AGUCAAUCCUAAUCUUAGCGUAUCAAGCAUAAUAUCAUCGGCAAAAACAUAUUGCAACAUCUUCUCUAAGAUGAUUAGAAUCGAUAUGUCUAUGAAAUAAUAACAUCUAAAUCAAAAACCCUCAAAAGUCGUAGUAAUGAUUAGAUCUACAAGUCUCGUAACAAAGAUAUAUGGAUUAUCGCCCUGGUUUACGAUCCAAAUACGGAUAAACCCGUCCCCGCCUAUAUCGGUGUCACAAUCCGCACAUCUCGAUCCUUCUUUAUCACGUCUGCCUGCCGUUUUCCAACUUCCAAUUCCACCAAUCCCCUUCCCUCUUUUUCGCUUUCCAGACAAAAAAACGAUCGUCUCCAAAUCCCUACUUCUAGUGGAACAGCAACUAAAUUUGAUCCGGGUUUGGAGCUUUUGGUUCAUAUUCUCGAAGAUCUCGCCGGCCGGCCGUUAAUUCAUCAUCUGCAACCGGAUUUCCAGCAAUGGAAGGGGCCUCGAUGGGCCCAUCUGAAGCUUCGGUGGCGAUGUACAACCUCAAAGACGCAUACAGUUUUUGGGAUGUAUUAAACAAUUCCCCUGUUUGGCAAGAUCGAAUUUUUCAUGCGCUUGCUGCUCUCUAUGGCAUCGUUUCCAUCGUCGCGCUGGUACAAUUAAUUAGGAUCCAACAAAGAGUGCCAGAAUAUGGUUGGACUACUCAGAAGGUCUUUCAUUUCCUCAAUUUCUUGGUUAAUGGGGCUAGAUGUUUAAUUUUUAUUUUCCGUCAUGAUAUCCAAGAAUUGACACCUGAGAUUUAUCAACAUAUGUUACUUGAUCUACCAAGUCUUGCGUUUUUCACCACCUAUGCUCUCUUGAUUUUGUUUUGGGCUGAAAUUUACUACCAGGCAAGAGCAGUCUCAACUGAUGGACUUAGACCAGCUUUUUUUACAAUCAAUGGAAUUGUUUAUGCAAUUCAGAUUGCUUUAUGGCUAAUUAUUUGGUGGAAGCCUAUCAAUACUUUGGUCAUACUCUCCAAAGUUUUCUUUGCAGGUGUCUCUUUUUUUGCAGCCUUCGCGUUUCUUCUUUAUGGAGGAAGGCUAUUUUUAAUGUUGAAGCGGUUUCCUGUGGAAUCCAAAGGCCGACGAAAGAAGUUACAAGAAGUUGGCUACGUGACAACAAUUUGCUUUACGUGUUUCCUUUUGAGAUGUGUCAUGAUGUGUUUUAAUGCGUUCAAUGAAUCCGCCAAUCUAGAUGUAUUGGAACAUCCUGUUUUGAGCUUCAUCUUCUACUUGUUGGUGGAAAUAUUACCUUCGUCUUUAGUUCUGUUUAUUUUGAGGAAGUUGCCUCCUAAAAGAGGGAUCAUACAGUAUCAUGCUAUUCGAUGAGUAGAAUGAAUAUAUUUAUAUCUUUUUUUUAUAAAUAUAUUAUUUAAUAUCUUUUGUGGAUCCGAGUUUUUCUAGUAGAAAAAAGGAGAAUGUUACUUUUUAAUUAUUAAGAAUGAGAAGUGUGUAUGUGAAUGUUGUUACGUUAUGGGUGUGAAACUGAAAUGUGAUUGGGGCAUUUGAUGUUAUUUGUUAAAUUAAAAGGUGGCUGAAUAAUUUAAUAUGUUAAGACAUUAUGGCUGAAUAACAUUUUUG